AUGAAUCAAAGCAGCGAAGGAUGUAUGAAAAGGAUUAGCAGUGUGAAUCUUGACAAACUUAUAAAUGACUUCUCACAGAUAGAAAAGAAAAUGAUAGAAACCAGUGGAAAGAACAAUAUACUGAAUAUGCAGCUGGAAAAAACUAACUGCUUAUUAAAAGUAAUGCAAACAAAGGAAGUCUCAACUAAGGAAGAAUGUGCUACUCUUCAUAAUAUGAUAAAAGGGCUACAACAGACCAUUGAAUAUCAACAUAAUUUGAAAGGUGAAAAUGAACAACUAAAAAGAAAUGCUGAUCUUAUGAAAGAAAAGUUAAAAUAUCAUGAACAGGAAUAUAAGAAUAAUGUUGCCAAACUUAUGAGUGAAAUGAAAGCCAAAGAGGAAGGACAUAAGAUAGAAAUAAUGAAACUUUAUCAGGAUAUGCAGAAAAAAGUUAAAUUAAAUGAAGAACAAAAUAAAGAAUUGGUAGAGAAAAAGGAGGUGGAAGUGUCAGAGUUAUAUGCAAAGUUAAGAACUCAAGAAAUGGAAAAACAAAAUGAAAUAAUCAAACUACAGCUAGAGUUUGAUGCCAAACUAGCAAGAGUUCAAACAAAAUCGAAAUCAUAUCCAGAUUCUACUAUUUUGCCACAGAGUAUCUACAGAAGGAAGCUUCAACAUCUUCAAGAAGAAAAAAACAAGGAGAUUGCAAUUCUUCGUAAUACCAUUCGCAAUUUAGAGCAACGCCUCUCUGCUGGCAAAGAUUCUCACCUUAAGCGUAGACGGUUUUGA